UCGCCGCCGCCGCCGCCGCCAGCACCCGGGCCUGUUCGCCAGCCGCCCGCCGCCCUCCGCCCCACGCCCGCCGGUGCCCGCCGGUGCCCGCGCCGGCCGCAUGGCGCUCAGCGGCUUCUGCAGCGCCGAUGGCUCCGACCCCUUCUGGGACUGGAACAUCACGUGGCACACCAGCAACCCCGACUUCACCAAGUGCUUUCAGAACACCGUCCUUGUGUGGGUGCCUUGUUUUUACCUCUGGGCCACCUUCCCCUUCUACUUCCUCUAUCUUUCCCACCAUGACCGGGGCUACAUUCAGAUGACACAUCUCAACAAAACCAAAACUGCCUUGGGGUUUCUGCUGUGGAUUGUCUGCUGGGCAGACCUCUUCUACUCUUUCUGGGAAAGAAAUUGGGGCAACUUCCCGGCCCCGGUGUUUCUGGUCAGCCCAACCCUCUUGGGCAUCACCAUGCUGCUUGCUACCUUUAUAAUUCAGCUCGAGAGAAGGAAGGGAAUCCAGUCCUCAGGGAUCAUGCUCACAUUCUGGCUUAUAGCCCUCCUAUGUGCCCUUGUCAUCUUGAGAUCCAAAAUCAUGACUGCCUUAAAAGAGGAUACCACCGUCGACGUGUUUCGGGACGUCACGUUCUACAUUUACUCCUUCCUCGUGCUGAUUCAGCUCGUGCUGUCCUGCUUCUCAGACCGCUCGCCCCUGUUCUCAGAAACCAUCAACGACCCUAAUCCUUGCCCGGAGUCUGGGGCGUCCUUCCUUUCCAGGAUCACCUUCUGGUGGAUCACAGGGCUGAUGGUCCGGGGCUACCGCCGGCCCCUGGAGAGCACCGACCUCUGGUCCCUGAACAAGGAGGACACGUCAGAACAAGUUGUGCCCGUUUUGGUCAAGAACUGGAAGAAGGAAUGUGCCAAAUCCAGAAAGCAGCCGGUGAAGAUCCUGUACUCCUCCAAGGAUCCCUCCACGGACCCCGCCAAGCCGAAAGGGGGCUCCAGGGUGGAUGUGAACGAGGAGGCGGAGGCGCUGAUUGUCAGGGGCCCCCAGAAGGCGCGGGAGCCGUCCCUGUUCAAGGUGCUGCACAAGACCUUCGGGCCCUACUUCCUCAUGAGCUUCCUCUACAAGGCCCUGCACGACAUCAUGAUGUUCAUCGGCCCGGAGAUCUUGAGGUUGCUCAUCAACUUUGUGAACGACAAGAAGGCCCCGGCCUGGCAGGGCUACUUCUACACGGCGGUCCUGUUCCUCAGCGCCUGCUUCCAGACCCUCAUGCUGCACCAGUACUUCCACAUCUGCUUCGUCAGCGGCAUGAGGGUCAAGACCGCCGUCAUCGGUGCCGUCUACCGGAAGGCUCUGCUGAUCACCAAUUCCGCCAGGAAGUCCUCCACGGUCGGGGAGAUCGUCAACCUCAUGUCGGUGGACGCCCAGAGGUUAAUGGACCUGACCACGUACAUUAACAUGAUCUGGUCAGCCCCUCUGCAAGUCAUCUUUGCGCUCUACUUUCUGUGGCUGAACCUGGGCCCCUCCGUGCUGGCCGGCGUGGCUGUGAUGAUCCUCAUGGUGCCCCUGAACGCCGUGAUGGCCAUGAAGACCAAGACCUACCAGGUGGCCCACAUGAAGAGCAAGGACAGCCGGAUUAAGCUGAUGAAUGAAAUUCUCAACGGGAUCAAAGUGCUGAAGCUUUACGCCUGGGAGCUGGCGUUCAAAGACAAGGUGCUGGCCAUCCGGCAGGAGGAGCUGAAGGUGCUGAAAAAGUCUGCCUACCUGGCCGCCAUGGGCACCUUCACCUGGGUCUGCACACCUUUCCUGGUGGCCCUGUCUACUUUUGCCGUCUAUGUGACUGUCAAAGAGACCAACGUCCUGGAUGCCCAGAAAGCCUUCGUGUCCUUGGCCUUGUUCAACAUCCUUCGUUUCCCCCUGAACAUUCUCCCCAUGGUCAUCAGCAGUAUUGUGCAGGCGAGUGUCUCCCUCAAACGCCUCAGGAUCUUUCUGUCCCACGAGGAGCUGGAUCCAGACAGCAUCGAGCGACAGCCCAUCAAAGACGGCGGGGGCUCCAGCAUCACUGUGAGGAACGCCACCUUCACGUGGGCCAGGAGCGACCCCCCCACGCUGAAUGGCAUCACCUUCUCCAUUCCAGAAGGUUCUCUGGUGGCCGUGGUGGGCCAGGUGGGCUGUGGAAAGUCAUCUCUCCUGUCAGCGCUCUUGGCCGAGAUGGACAAGGUGGAGGGGCAUGUGGCCAUCAAGGGCUCGUUGGCCUACGUCCCCCAGCAGGCCUGGAUUCAGAACGAUUCUCUCCGAGAAAACAUCCUUUUCGGACGCCAGCUCCAGGAAAGUUACUACAAGUCUGUGAUAGAAGCCUGUGCCCUCCUCCCAGACCUGGAAAUCCUGCCCAGCGGGGACCGGACGGAGAUUGGUGAGAAGGGCGUGAACCUGUCUGGGGGCCAGAAGCAGCGCGUGAGCCUGGCCCGGGCCGUGUACUGUGACUCCGACGUCUACCUCUUCGACGACCCGCUGUCGGCGGUGGAUGCCCACGUGGGGAAGCACAUAUUUGAACAUGUGAUCGGUCCCAAGGGGAUGCUGAAGAACAAGACUCGGCUCCUGGUCACGCAUGGCAUCAGCUACCUGCCACACGUGGAUGUCAUCAUCGUCAUGAGUGGCGGCAAGAUCUCCGAGAUGGGCUCCUACCAGGAGCUGCUGGCCCGGGACGGGGCCUUCGCCGAGUUCCUGCGCACAUACUCCAGCGCUGAGCAGGAGCAGCCGGAGCAGGACGAAGGCAGCAGAGUGGUGGACGAGGAGGAGGAGGAGGAGGAGGAAGGAUUAGCAGGCGUGAGCGGUCCGGGGAAAGAGACGAAGCAGAUGGAGAAUGGCAUGGUGGUGACGGACGCUGCCAGGAAGCAACCGCAGAGGCAGCUCAGCAACUCCUCCUCCUGCAGCGGGGACGCCGACCUGCAGAAGGCUGGGGCCAAGGAGGAAACCUGGAAGCUGAUGGAGGCCGACAAGGCUCAGACCGGGCAGGUCAAGCUCUCCGUGUACUGGGACUACAUGAAGGCCAUUGGACUUUUCAUCUCCUUCCUGAGCAUCUUCCUUUUCCUGUGUAACCACGUCGCCGCCCUGUCCUCCAACUACUGGCUCAGUCUCUGGACCGAUGACCCCAUCGUCAACGGGACCCAGGAGCACACCAAAGUCCGGCUGAGCGUCUAUGGAGCCCUGGGCAUCUCUCAAGGGAUCGCGGUGUUCGGCUACUCCAUGGCGCUGUCCAUCGGGGGCAUCUUCGCCUCCCGCCGCCUGCACCUGAACCUGCUGCACAACGUCCUGUCGUCGCCCAUGAGCUUCUUCGAGCGGACGCCCAGCGGCAACCUGGUGAACCGCUUCUCCAAGGAGAUGGACACGGUGGACUCCAUGAUCCCGCAGGUCAUCAAGAUGUUCAUGGGCUCCCUGUUCAACGUCAUCGGCGCCUGCAUCAUCAUCCUGCUGGCCACUCCCGUCGCCGCCGUCAUCAUCCCGCCCCUGGGCCUCAUCUACUUCUUCGUCCAGAGGUUCUACGUGGCCUCCUCCCGGCAGCUGAAGCGCCUCGAGUCCGUCAGCCGCUCCCCAGUUUACUCCCACUUCAAUGAGACCUUGCUGGGGGUCAGUGUCAUCCGGGCCUUCGCGGAGCAGGAGCGCUUCAUCUGCCAGAGUGACCUGAAGGUGGACGAGAACCAGAAGGCCUAUUACCCCAGCAUCGUGGCCAACAGGUGGCUGGCUGUGCGGCUGGAGUGUGUGGGCAACUGCAUUGUCCUGUUUGCAACCCUGUUUGCAGUGAUCUCCCGGAACAGCCUCAGCCCCGGCCUGGUGGGCCUCUCAAUAUCUUACUCGUUACAGGUCACCACCUACCUCAACUGGCUUGUUCGGAUGUCGUCGGAGAUGGAGACCAACAUUGUGGCUGUGGAGAGACUCAAGGAGUAUUCAGAGACUGAGAAGGAGGCUCCCUGGCGGAUCCAGGAGAUGACUCCGGCCAGCACCUGGCCCCAGGUGGGCCGCGUGGAAUUCCGGGACUACAGCCUGCGUUACCGAGAGGACCUGGACAUGGUUCUCAAGCACAUCAACAUCACCAUCGAAGGAGGCGAAAAGGUUGGCAUCGUGGGGCGGACGGGAGCCGGGAAGUCAUCCCUGACCCUGGGCUUGUUUCGGAUCAAGGAGUGUUCCGAAGGAGAGAUCAUUAUUGACGACGUCAACAUUGCCAAAAUCGGCCUGCACGAUCUCCGCUUCAAGAUCACCAUCAUCCCCCAGGACCCCAUCUUGUUUUCGGGUUCUCUCCGCAUGAACCUGGACCCGUUCAGCCAGUACUCGGACGAAGAGGUCUGGACGUCGCUGGAGCUGGCUCACCUGAAGACCUUCGUGUCCGCGCUUCCCGACAAGCUGAACCACGAGUGCACGGAGGGCGGGGAGAACCUGAGUGUUGGGCAGCGCCAGCUCGUGUGCCUGGCCCGGGCCUUGCUGAGGAAGACGAAGAUCCUGGUGUUGGAUGAGGCCACGGCGGCCGUGGACCUGGAAACCGAUGACCUCAUUCAGUCCACCAUCCGGACACAGUUCGAAGAUUGUACUGUCCUCACCAUCGCUCACCGUCUCAACACCAUCAUGGACUACACCAGGGUGAUCGUCCUGGACAAAGGAGAGAUCCGGGAGUGCGGCGCCCCCUCGGAGCUCCUGCAGCAGAGAGGCCUGUUCCACAGCAUGGCCAAAGACGCCGGCCUGGUGUGAGCCCAGCGCCGGUGCGUCUGGUCGGACCCGCAGGGCCCACACGCCUCGGCCAGGAUGAGUCGGCCUCUUUGGGAACCCAGGCGUCCCAUAUACUGAAACCAAAAAAGGAAAGAAAACCAAACCCAAUAAGACAAAACCACAAAGCAGCCACCCUCCGGUCUGCCGCCUGGAAUUGGCUGUGAAGAAGCAGGGGGGACACGGAGGCAGCCCGCCAAAGACACGCACAGCCUCGCCUGGCGCCCCGCAGGACGCACCGGCCACUCACAGCCUCGCCUGGGCCCCCGCAGGACGCACCGGCCACGCACAGCCCGGAGGGCCCGCUCGUGCGCGUGGUGCUCCGCAGGGCGGUUUGGCAGCCAGACCUCCCGAGAAACCGGUUGCGUAAAACAUGCUAGUGACCAAAGCCAGCCAACUGCCUCAAAGCUCUGUGGCCAAAGUCUGGGAUUCCGAGCCUUCGGCCCCGGCUGCCGUCCCAGCGCCUCUCACAUCUGGGCUCCACCCAGAACGCCUCGUCGCCUUGGGGCUGCUGUUUGGAGGUGCGGGGCCUGGUGAAGAUCAUCCUCACCCUCGGGCGGUGUCCUGGGGGCCAGUGGACACUCCUCUUACCAUCCAUCCCGUCUUCUGGGCGCUUGGACACAGAGCCGGCGCCCCAGCACAGGCCAGAGGCAGCCUCGUCACCCACGGGCUUCUCGCUGGCAAGACGGGCUGGACCUGGAGCUCCAGGGCUGGGGAUCCUCUCUCAGUACCAGUUUCCCACACUCCUUUAUCCACUCUGGCCUUUUCUCUGCCUUUCCUACUGCCUCUUCCUGCCAGUUGCUAGAACGGAUUACCUUGAGGCACCUGGAAGAGGUUUGCUCGUGGUUAUAAAGGGUUCAAAGCCAGGAGCACUGGGCACCGCUGCGGAUGGCCAGCGGGUGCUGAAUUGAGCUCCGUUGAGACUUCUCCUCGUAUUUAGAUUUCAGUUCCUCCUAGCUGUCGGAGGUGGCAGUGUGGAGAUCUGGACGUGUAGUUAUUGAGUAUGUUCCAGGACAAGGAAAGAACCCAUUCACGAAUAUCAGUGAUUUUUUUUUUUUUUUUUUUUUUUUUUUUUAAGUACUGCUCCAGGGAGAAACACUGUCUCAACUUGAAUUUCUUGGGCGGCAGAGUUGGGCCGGGAGCAGCUCUCCCAGGGAAAGCCAAGGUGGCCGGCGUCCGACGGCGGGCCUGCCGGCUCCCAAAGAAAAAGCGGAGUGGAGCCUCCAGGGCCCACCCUCGAAGGCUCGGAGACCCGGGAAGACCCACAGAGCAGUGGCCAGUGCUGCCCGGGGAUUCCCUUGCUGACUUCAAAUCCAGAAAAGCAUCUUCCUUUAGGUGGAAAAAUAUAUUUAUUUUUUGUAAGUUAUACCCUUCUUUCACAUUAGAUAAACCAAGUUUUUCUUGGGGAUCGUUUUUGUAAUGACUUACACUGGAAAACGAGGACAUUUACAAGCAAUUUGCAGUAAAAAAAAAAAAAUUUAUUUCUUUCUAA